AAUCAAGUCCACCUGAAGAGAGAGGUAUCGUCAUCACUCCUGUGUAACCACGACCUUGCUGUCUCCAUGAACGCGAUACACGCAAUACUCGUGCGAUAGACUCGAGGAAGAUCAGUACCGUGGUCUGGGCCAGUCCUUUCCGUGAAAAAAUCCGGCAUCAUGUUCCGCAACACAUACGACAGCGACAACACAGUCUUCUCGCCGCAAGGGCGUCUACAUCAAGUCGAGUACGCGUGCGAAGCCGUCAAACAAGGCUCAUGCGUUGUUGGUCUGCGCUCCAAGACACAUGCCGUGCUCGUAGCGCUCAAGCGCGCGCCGUCCGAGCUGGCUAGCUAUCAGAAGAAGAUGCUCAGGAUCGACAAUCAUAUCGGUAUUGGUUUUGCGGGCCUCACGAGUGACGCAAGGGUGCUGAGCAACUACAUGCGUCAAUUAGCGCUUUCCUCGCGCCUUAUCUACUCGCGACCCCUUCCCCUCUCCCGCAUCAUCUCCUCUCUUGCCGACCGAGCGCAGCUUAACACAAUGCAGUAUGGCAAGCGCCCGUACGGCGUCGGCUUCCUCGUCAUUGGCGUCGAUGGGACCGGCCCGCACCUAUACGAGUUCAGCCCGACGGGUAACUGCUUCGAAUACUUUGCGAUGAGCCUCGGUGCGCGCAGUCAGAGCAGCAAGACCUAUCUUGAGAGACAUCUGGACGACAUGGAUGCUCUCGAUCGCGACGCGCUCAUCAUCAAGGGCCUCCAGGCACUGCGAGAGAGUCUACAGCAAGGCAAGGAUCUCGAGCUCGACGCCAUCUCCAUCGCAGUUGUCGGGCCCGGCGCAGACGCAGACGCUUCUUCGCCCGCCUCGCGAGGCGCCGAUAAACUCAGGAUCUAUGAGGGCAAGGAUAUCAGGCAGUGGAUGGACCAGCUUCCGCCACGGACCGCGCCGGGAGCCACAACUGCGACUGCGGCUGCGCCUUCGAGCACGGCAAUUGGUGACGCAGGUGCGGACGCUACAGUGCCAGGUGCGGGCGGAAAUGCAACGGACGGCGAUGUGCAGAUGGAUGAGUGAACGAUAAACAUCAAAGAAGCAAUGACGCAGGCAAUGCAUACAAUGUUGCUGUGAUGUGAAUUGUUUAGUCUACAGAGUGAUUUCAAAUGCAAAUGCGUGUUGG